AAUGAUAAUACGCGUCGUGAAAUAAAAUUGAGGUGCUUACUGUUUUGUAUUAAUAAUAAUAAUAAUCAAAUAACUCGUAUGACAGAGAUUGGAGGCUUUUUUUUUUUAAUUUGAAAACCAAACGUUUGCGUUGAAAGACCACUUGCAUUAACGUACGAAAACAAUUGAACAGAAUCCGACGUUAUAUAUUUAAAAAUGACGACUGAAGAUUACGUUGCCAAAUAUUUAGGAUUGUUGAGUAAACUGCACAACGACCAAAGAGCGUUGGCCCCCUUAAGGGUUUCUAUUUUAUGUUCUCAGCACAAUCAAAGCAGUUUGCUAGAUGAAAACAAAUCUACAAACGCAGAAAAUCAUUGUCAACACUGUUUAACUCCUUGGAAGUUUGGAAAUUUUGUUAUGAAAACUCUUCCAAAUCGAAAAAAUAAAAAUGAUAAAAUACAAAAAAAGCGUUCUACAAUGUUAUUUAAUAUGGUAAUAAAGUGUUUAGUGUGUUUAAAUACAACCAGUUCAGUGUACAAGAAGAAUAAAAUAUUAAAUCAAAAACCUAUUGAAAAAUUGCCGAAAAGUUCAACAGUGAAUAAAAGCAUUGAUGAAAAAACAUCAAAAACUGAAGAAAAAGUUGAAACAAUAGUUAAUAAAAAACCAAAGAAAAAAAAGAGAACCCUAUAUGCUGGAUUAAACCCAUUAGUUUUUAAAAAUUUAAAUAAAAACACAUUAAAAAAUUCAACUAUGAAUUUAUGAUAAUGAGUACAAAUAAAAUCUUUUAUG